CUGUUUGAAGGUGAAGGUCUUUGCUUUGCUACUCCAACCACUGAAAGCGCGGAACUCAGAUCUGCCAUCUCCCUGCCGUAUCUGUCUUCUGCCCAGGAGUUCUCUGCAGUCAUGUCGCUGUUUACUGAAGUCCCGCAAGCGGCCCCCGUGGCUGUCUUUAAAUUAUCGGCAGAUUUCCGUGAUGACAAGGACCCCAGGAAGGUGAAUUUAGGAGUCGGAGCGUACCGUACGGACGAUAGCCAGCCCUGGGUGCUGCCUGUGGUGAAGAAGGUGGAGAAGAUGAUCGUGGAGGACAGCAGUCUGAACCACGAGUACCUGCCCAUCCUGGGGCUGCCCGAGUUCCGCUCCAACGCCUCCAAGAUCGCCCUGGGAGACGACAGCCCCGCCAUCAAGGAGAAACGGGUGGGUGCAGUACAGUGCCUGGGUGGUACUGGUGCUCUGAAGAUUGGGGCGGAGUUUCUGCGACGUUGGUAUAAUGGAACGGACAACACCAAAACACCCGUCUACGUGUCCGCUCCUACCUGGGAGAACCAUAACGCGGUCUUUGGCCAGGCGGGCUUUGCCGAUGUGCGUCCAUACCACUACUGGGAUGCUGAGAAGAGGGGUCUGAACCUGAGCGGUUUCCUUGGCGACUUGGAGGCAGCUCCAGAGCAUUCCAUCUUCGUGCUGCAUGCGUGUGCACACAACCCCACCGGCACCGACCCCACUCAGGACCAAUGGAAGCAGAUCGCAGAGAUCAUGAUGAGGCGGAAUCUGUUUGUGUUCUUCGACUCGGCCUAUCAGGGCUUUGCGUCGGGCUGCCUGGACAAGGACGCCUGGGCCGUGCGCUACUUCGUCUCUCAGGGCUUUGAGAUGUUCUGCGCUCAGUCCUUCUCCAAGAACUUCGGCCUUUACAACGAGCGCGUUGGGAACCUGACCAUCGUGUCGAAGGACGAGGACAACCUGACGCGGGUUCUGUCCCAGAUGGAGAAGAUCGUCCGGGUCACCUGGUCCAACCCUCCCACUCAGGGAGCCCGCAUCGUCGCCACCACCCUCUGCUCACCUGAGCUCUUCCAGAUGUGGAAGGAUAAUGUGAAGACCAUGGCAGACCGUGUGCUCCUGAUGAGGGCCCAGCUGAAGGAGAAGCUGCUGGCACUGGGAACUCCAGGCACCUGGGAACACAUCACCGAACAGAUCGGCAUGUUCAGCUUCACAGGACUCAAUCCUAAGCAAGUGGAGUACAUGAUCAAGGAGAAGCACAUCUACCUGAUGGCCAGUGGUCGCAUCAACAUGUGCGGUCUGACCACCAAGAACAUCGACUACGUUGCCGAGUCCAUCCACGACGCCGUCACCAAAGUCCAGUAGAUCGGCUGACCAGCACUGCCCGCCCACCCACCAACCCUGUGUGUGUGUGUAUGUGUGUGUGUUUGUGUGUGUGUGUAUCCAUCCUCUUCAUCUCAGGCCAGCUGUCUCACACACACGUCUGUCUAGAUCUCAGGCCAGCCGUGGCAUGCGCACACAAUUGUCAGAUAACAUAUAUACACACACUAUAGGCUUCAUUGGUAGAGAUUUGUGUUUAUUCAUUGUGUCCUCUCCUCUUUGUGUGUGUGUGUGUGUGUGUGUGUGGUCCUUGUAAUUCUUCAGUAGUUGUGUAUGAAGAAACAGCACUUUGUUGUGGCAUUCAGAUCUCACCACAUCUCCAGACACAACCGUAUUUCUGUGGGCUCAGAAGAGGCCUGUGUGUGUGUGUGUGUGUGUGUUUGUGUGUGUAGAAAGAGAAAGAUGAAUACUGUUCCAUUUAAAGCACAUUUAUGGGUUUGUCUUCAUUCAAUCAGGGUUGAAGGAGAGAGAGAGAUUGUGUGUGUGUGGGUGUGGGUGGGAGGGGACCUAAGUGAUGUCUCAUACUGAUGCUUUGUUUCAGUCUAAAGAUCAAAGCCUUAGUCUCAUUGCACAAGACCUUCUCUCACUGUGUGUGUGUGUGUGUGUGUGUGUGUGUGUGUGUGUGUGUGUGUGUGUGUGUGUGUGUGUGUGUGUGUGUGUGUGUGUGUGUGUGUGUGUGUGUGUGUGUGUGUGUGUGUGUGUGUGUGUGUGUGUGUGUGUGUGAGAUUGAUAUUGAUGAAUGUACUGUAUAGAUGUAUAGUUUUAAGUCGGAAGUUAGCCAGUGAGCACCACACUCCCAAUACUGGCUUACACCUACCCACACACUUACACACACACACACACACACACACACACACACACACACACACCUACUUGUCUCGGCAAAGAGGUUGUUGUUUUAUGUGUGUUAGGUUGCACUAUAUGUCCAUGACAUUUCAUGACACCUGUGAGCUCGGGAGUGUGUGUGUGUAUGUGUGUGUGUGCGUGUGUGUGUACCUCUGACGAUUCCUCUCCUGGUGGACCACUGUCACCUCAGCCGCUAAGCAGACAAACUGAUGAACUUAAUUAUGGAAAUAAAUAAGGAAAUAAAUAAACAAGCUUACUGUACACAAA